AUGACUCGUUCAGACCUGAGCAAAGACAGUUCCGAAGAUACCAACGAUCCCGGUUUCUACGCGAGGAACAACGGGGACCAGCGUCUUUUGAACCUCAAGGCGUUGGACAUGGUAGAGAAGGACUUGGACCACAUGUACGACAGAAACUUGCAAUUCUUGGACCUCGGCUGUGGCACGGGAGAUUUCACGCGCCGGUGCCUCCUACCGAGAUGCCCACCUUCCGCAAGAAACGUCGCUGUGGACUCCUCCGAGGAGAUGCUGUCGUACGCUCGCCAAAUGUUCGCACAUCCUCGCAUCGAGUACGACCGUCUGGACAUCAGUGGCGACGUCGCCGAUUUUGUCGCCAAGUACAGCACCUUCAAUCGUAUCUACUCCUUCUUCUGUUUCAACUGGGUUCGAAACCAGGAAGAAGCAAUGAAAAACGUGUCCAGUCUCCUAUCGUCAGGCGAGAGAGUGUGUUCGUCUUCCGGCCUGGUCUCGUUCAAGGACGCCUGA